GUCAAUUAACAAAAAGCUAAAAAACUAUUAACGAGGAUUUAUAGUUUUGAAAACUAAGCAACUUGAUUAAUUAUUUGAAUAAAUAUUUAUGUAAAGAAUAUAAACAAUUAAGAUAAACAAACAACAAAAAUUAUUAAAUAAUUAUUAAUAAUAAUGCUUGAAGAAACAGAAUCACCAAUGAAAAAUGAAAUUCUGGAUAAAGUUGCAAAUUCAUCAGCAAUAUUUAAACGUCAAAAAAGAGAUGAGCCAGAAUUAACAAUUGAAGAACAAGUUGCAAAUUCAAUAGCAAUAAUUAAACGUCAAAAAAAAGAUGAACCAGAAUUAACAAUUGAAGAAAAAUACAAAAUAGCAAAUGAUUUAUUAGACAAAAAUCAUGUAUUAUUUUUAGCAAAAUUUGGCAAAUAUUUAAAUGUAAAAUUAUUAGAUUUUUUUACUGGAACAAAUAACUAUGAGCUAACAUUUUAUAUUGAAAAAUUAAAAAGAUAUUUUAAUAAUGAAACAAGAUAUAUUGAUAUUAAAAAUCGUAGAUAUGAAGCAUUAAAAGUAUUAAUUGAACAAGAAGAUUAUUUUAGUGAAGUUGAAAUGAUGAGAAGAAAUCCAUUAUUAUAUGAUCAUUUAAUUGGUAAAUAUUUAACUGAAGAUGAUAUUAAAACAAGAGAUAAUUUAGAUACAAAAAAUAUAACAUUUGUUAAUUUAUUAAUGGAAAAAAUUGAUCGUGAUGGUAUUCAAAAUUUAAAGAAAAAACAACAAGAUGAUGAGGAUGAAGUUUUUGAAGAAUUUGAUUCUGAUUCAGAUGAAUCUGAUGAUGAAGAAAAAAAUAAUAUAAAAUGGGGUGAAAUGGAUAAUUGUGAUGGUAAAAAAUUAAAAGAUCAUAAUAAAAAUAGUAAUAAUAAUAGUAAAAAAAACAUACAAUGUUUUGAUAUUAAUUAUGAAGAACAGCAAAUGUUAAAAAAAGAAUUUAUCACGCAUAUGUAUCAAAGUUUUCUCGAUGGGAAAGAUAAAGAUUUUGAUUAUAGUACUGUUGAUGACAAUGAGAUGUAUGACAAUGUUGACAUCAGAGAACAAGAUGAAGAGGAAAAAUAUUUUGAUUCAGAAACUCCAGAUGAAUCAACACAAUUGGAAAAUCAAAAAAUUGAUGAUAACGAGUCAGAUGAUGAAUUGGAGAUAUACAUGAAAACAUUACAGGAAAAAGAGAAGAACCAGGAUUAAAAUGCUGAUGAAUUAUAUCCUCAAAGUAAAUAUAAUAAUUAAACAAAUAAAAAAAAUAAAAAACAGAUUAAUUUUUAAUUAAAAAAAUAAUACUUAUUUAUGAAUGAGUUAAUUACUUUUUAUCGUUUAAAUAAUAAAAACCUCAAAGCUAUGGAAAAAAAGCUCUUUAUAAUGAAUUUUAAUCUCAAAAUAAUUGACUAAAAAGCAAAUAAUACAUGCUUUUAUUGAAAAUUUUUAAUAUUAAAAAAUACCUUUAUUUAGUAUUAUAAUACAACAAUAAAAAAAAAAUUAUUUCUUGAUAAACUAAGAAGGUUCCCAUUAAAAUAAAAUGGAGUAUUAAAAUUCAAUAUAAAAAAUUGUAUAGAAAUUUUUUUUUUUUCUACAUUGAUGCUUGUGAUAAAAUUGAAAAAUGAUAAAUUUUUAUUUUAUUAUUAUUGUUAAAUUGAAGAAUUUUUAUAUUAUAAAAAAAAAAAAAUUGCAUAGUAAAAUCAAUAUGAUAAAUAUUUAUUUGUUUCUUAAAAGAUUUAAUUCAAAUAAAUUUACUAAUUUAUGAAAUUAGUAAAAAAUGAGUCAAAGAGAAUUAUUUUGGAAAGAAAUACGAGAGGCUUUUUUUUUUUUAAAUGUAUUUUAUGAAUGAAACCAAAGCUUACAUUAACAGGUGGCCUUUACUACGCAGUUGAAAUCGAUCUAGUUGCUAUAUAUUCUAAGAAUAUUUCGACGAAAUCCCUGGAGAGCUUUACCUCAUUUCUUGGAUAUUUUUCUAGCUAAUGAAAAAAAUAAGACAUUCAUGACAAACAUACAAUAUUUGUGUGGAAUAUUAUAAAUAAAUAUAAUAUUAAAAUUUGACGAAAUCAUGACAAACCUUGGGGAAU